ACAACUUAACCUAAAAAUGUGGACAUAACAAACAGUGUACUCGCACUUGAAAUACUCCUCAAAUGACAAAUAUUUGAAUCCAAAAUAAUGGUUUUAAUAUUCAGAACGUUGUUUGCUGUAAAAGAGCUUAAGAAGCCGCGUAGUUAUCUCCGAAGUAAAUUCAUCGAUUCUGUCAGACUUCACGUAAAAGGAGGUACAGGAGGGACUGGUCUGCCUAAGUUUGGAGGCCUCGGAGGUCAAGGAGGCUGUGUUUAUUGCAUCGGUAAGGAAGAUGCCAAUCUCAGAAACAUAAUGGGUAAAUAUCGUGGCAAAACCGUCACCGCUGGGCAUGGAGAAGACAGUAGAAAGUCAAAAAUAGUCGGUAAUCCAGGCGCCGACGUUAAACUUGAAGUUCCCUUAGGCAUAACUGUGUACAGAGAAGAUGGAAAAGUUCUAGGUUCAAUCGACAAGGAAGAUGAGACGGUGAUCAUAGCUAGAGGGGGCCCUGGAGGCACUCCAGAAACUAAUUUUCUGGGUCAUUUCGGACAAAUACAUCACAUUAGAUUAGAUCUGAAACUGAUCGCUGAUAUUGGGCUUGUGGGCUUCCCCAAUGCUGGUAAAAGUUCAUUAUUAAAAGCUAUAUCAAGAGCUAAACCAAAAAUAGCCAACUAUCCCUUCACCACCAUAAAGCCUAACAAAGGAAUUAUAUUUUAUGAGGACCUCCGCCAAAUAUCUAUUGCUGAUCUGCCUGGACUCAUAGAGGGUGCACAUGUGAAUGUUGGCCUAGGACACAGUUUUUUAAAACAUGUAGAGAGAACUAAGUUGUUACUAUUCAUAGCAGAUGUGCAGGGAUUCCAACUCAACCCUAAGUAUCCAAUAAGGUCUUGUUUAGAAACAAUAUUAUUACUAAAUAAAGAAUUAGAAUUGUAUGAUGAAGAAUUGUUACAAAAACCUGCAGUGCUAGCUGUUAACAAGAUGGACCUGCCAGGAUCGGAUGAGAUCCUGAAAAAUAUUAAAGAAGCUUACAGAAAUGAGAAGACAAUCCUUCAAAAUGUGCCAGAGGAGAUGAGACCAAACAAAUUAAUAUCCUUUGAUGACAUCAUCGGCAUAUCUGCACUUAAGAGAGGUGAAAGCAUAAAAGAGUUAAAGAAUAUUCUAAGGAAAAGACUCGAUGAUUAUGCUGAUGAGAAUGACCCAAACAUUGUACAUCCAAACAAAUUGCUACGACAGACCAGAGCCAUCAUAAGAGAGAGUGGGUCUAAAGUCACUUAAGUUAAGAAAAUAAACAAUUCUGUGAUAUGA